AUGGUUAAAAAUACAACUUGUGAUAGAUGUGCUCAAACAGAAAAUGCUACACCAGAGCAAAAUGCACCUCAAGUAGGAAAUGCUAUACCGGAGCAAAAUCAAGUCCCAGUACCAAUUCCAGAAGGCAAUCUCAUAUCAUUUGACGAAAACCCACCAAUGCACCAGCCAAGAGAGGCAAGAGAACUGGCAGUUGACCCAGAGAUAGGACCUAGUACAAAGCGAAACAAAACUAUCCUGAUCUAUAAAAAUAUACCAAAUGGAAUCGAGUUUUAUGAUAAAAAAAGAAAAUGGUAUGGAGUUAAAGAAGAUUUUCAUACAUUAUCUAACAAGUAUUAUUUUAUUAAAGCAGAUAAUAGUGAAACCAUUGUAGAAGCAUAUAAAAGAAUUAAUGAAGAAUCAGAAGCUAUAGCAGAAAAAACAAAUGGACAGGUUGAUAUGUGGAAAUCUGGAAGUUAUACUUUGACAAGUUUAAAACUUUUUCAAGAAACAACUUUAGCACUGAACAGAAGUGGAAAAAUCGAUGAGAAAGAAAAUGUAUGGUUAAAUUUAGCAACAAUUGGUGUUUUAGUAUUUGCAGAGAAAUAUGAAGGAGAAGCUAUUCAAUAUGACAUAAAUUCAAUGUAUAUAUAUGAAAUGUUAAAGAAAGAAGCAUCAUGGCCAAUUGCUAUAGGUAAGUUUCAUACUAUAGACAUAUCUUUAGUGGAAAAAUGGAAUAAAUUUCCAUAUGGAAUUUUUAAAGCAACAAUAGAAGGAAAUCCUCCGAAGAAAAGCUUGCAAUGCACUAGAUAUUUACAAUAUAAUCCACAUGGAAUUUAUACACAUUUUGAUUUAGAGUGUGCCAAAAGAAAUGGUUUAAAAAUAUAUUUAUUAGAUGAAUCACCAAAUGCACUUAUAUACAAAAAAAAUACCUGUAUUAGUGGAAGUGAUAUGUUCGGUAAAUGGGGAAAUAUAUUAUACAACAUUAAAAAAGAAGGCAGAACAGCUGGAAAAGUAAGUAAAGCAUUAUUAGUUUCAUUAUGGGGUGUCCUAUGUGAGCAAAGAAAUGGACAAAAUUAUGGUUUACAUCCACGAAUAAAACCAUUCUUAUUAGCAUCUGCACGAAAAAGAAUAUCAGAAAUUGUGAAGCCACUAGGAGAUCAAGUAAAAUGUAUACAUACAGAUGGCUUUAUUAUAGCUGGAAAAGUAGAACUUAAAACAGGAAUAGAAAUGGGUGAGCUAAAAUUCGAGAAAAGAGGAGUUUGUGAAGUAAAAAAUUGUAUAUCAGUUACAUGGAAACCAUCAUAUCCAGAAAUUCCAAAUUUGACUAUUUUCGAAGAAAAAGAGCUUUGCACUACAAAUAGUUUAUUAGAUUUUGGAAAAAUACAAGAUAAAGAGCAGAAUACAAAGUUAGAUAGAGAGUAUCCUGUUUCACAGACAGUAAAAAGGAAACCACUAAAAAGGUCUGAUAUAAAUCUUCCAAAUGAAAUUAUAAUAGAAAUAUUUCAACAUUUACGAACACAAAAUGAUAUGUUAUGUACUAAUAAUGAAUUAUUAUCAUCAGUUUUAUAUGUUAAUGAACAAUGGAAUGAAUGUGCAACAUAUUUAAUAUGGAGAAGAAUUACAUUAUAUAGAUACAAUAUUAUAAAAUUUGUAGAAUUGGUAAAAAAGAAACCAUUACCGAAUGAAUUUCUAUUAGAAGACAUUGUAGGUAUAAGCCAAGAUAUAAUAACUAUAUCAUUUAAGGAUUGUGGUUGGGGAUUUCUUAACAAUAGUUCACUAAAAAUGACAUUGGAUACAUGCAAGAAUCUAAAGCAUAUAUUUAUCUAUGGAAGUAAUAGAAUAGCACCAAAAACUAUCAUAAGUAUACCAGAAAAAUGUACAAAACAAUCUAUACUAGUAGAAGUUGACUUACAAAGUGAAGAUGAUAUAGCAUCUCAAAUUGUAGAAGAUAUAUUCGAUGAAGACUAUAAGUAUAAACCAAGUAUGACAGACAAUAGUUCAAGUUUAAUAAAUGAGCAGGACCCAGAGUUAACAAUGCAGGAAGCUAUUACAUGGAAAAUGAUUGAAUCAGCACAAAUUAAAAUAAUAAAAGAAGCCUUUCGUCUUCGAUAUAGAAAAGAUAGUAAGCUUAUUAGUGAAUAUGCUGGAUAUGUAAAAAAUUUGCGUAAUGCUGAAAACCAAGAUGAGUAUAUAAAAUAUACAGCUAUAACACUAUUUCCAAAUGAAGAAGCAUAUAAUAAAAGAAUGUCGAGAUAUAGAAAAUGGUAUCAAGGUAAAAAGGAGCUACUUACCAGUGUAGAAGAAUUAUAUAAUCUUUAUUAUAAGCUAUCCAAAAAAGAUAGGCCUAUGACUGAAACAGAAAUUGAUGAAGCUGUUGAAGACAUACUUAUAGACGAGUAG